AAAAYAGAAAAAAWUGUGAUUUGCGAAUAUGUAAAUUGAUAUGCGACCGUCUACGACGGCGCCAUGGCAACCAUCUGCAUCUUUGACCGCAGAAAACGCUUCGGAAAAUACCUCGCUGGAUUCUUUCUUGAAGAAAAUAGCUCUCUCAGAGAGUUAUAUAAGAUACCUAGCAGAGAAACUGAGUGAAAAAGAGCUUUAAACGUGUAUAAUGGCAGAUUCAGAGACUCCAGUUGAAAAGGAAAGUGCGGAAGAAACUAAUGAAAGCAAUGAGAAAAAAGAGGACAAGCCUGCUGAUAAGAAAACACAAAAAUUGAUAGCUGACUUAAAACGCUGCAGAAURCAAAUGCAAAAYACUAGAAAAUCCAUCGAAAAACCUCCAGUUAAACCGUUCAGUCCAGACAUAUUCAACAGUCUAUCACCAUACUACAAUAUAUACACUGUCAAUUAUUUGUUGAAGGAUGUUGAAAACAAGGAUGAGAACCCCAUGAGACAGCCUUGGGGACAUAGAGCCACAGCACUGGGAGUUUUGGAUCCACAAAUUGCUUGGAGAAUGGAUAAUGUUCCUGGACCCAUAAAUCCCUCCAGAAUUCCAGGAACCUUGUUUAGAUCCAAAGCAUGGGGGAAGAAUGUAUCUAGUAACAAGGAUCUUGGUAGUACUCGCCUUCCUCCUYUACCUAUGCCGUCGGUACCCAAGUUCAACCAAGCAAACUUUAGACCACUGAAGAUGACAUUUGAUGAUCUGCCUGAUUUCAGGUCGGAAAUGAAAAACGUCAUUUCCGGUAUGGAGGAAAAACGCGCCAAAAAAGACUACGAUCGAACUGUGAAUGACUGGGAACGAAUGAACCUGUCCGAGUUGAAACACCUUCCCGCGCAGUCUCGAUACCAUGUCAAGAAAGCAAUUCAUUCCUACAUGGGAACAUCUCCAGGGUCAGCUAAAGCUUUGAGACCUCUUACCAAAGAAAUAUGGAGCGAGAAGCAAAAGACUGCAGUGGAAUAACUUGACUAACUGUACGAUUUUUUACCGAUUUACAUCGUGCUAUCCUCGGGAAUGUUUCGGGACAAUCUCGGGCUAUCUUCGAGUGGAACUUGAAACAAAUUUACUUGGUCAUUAACUGCGUGAACUUUUAUCGAUUUACAUCGUACUACUCUCGGGCAUGUUUCGGGAAAAUCUAGAAAAGUCGGGCGAUCUUCGAGUGGAAUUGAAACAAAUUUAAUGGGUGAUUCACUGUGUGAAGUUUUAUGGAAUUACUUCGUACUACCUUCUGACCAGCUUCGAGAUAUAUCGUGGAAAGUCGGGAUAUAGGUUCCGCGACCAUGCCGCGCGUGCUUUUUCACCGGCAUAAGAAGUCCGCUGUACACUCUCAGCCUUUGCGAUCGCAUGUUUUUUUUAAAGAAAGAAUUGUUGUUGAUAGCUGCUCUUUGAUUAAAACUAAAUCAACGACGGCUUAUGUGAUAAAAUCGCGCAACAUGGUUUGUGGAUGUUUGUGUACCUUAAACAAAUAGAAAAUAUUUGCAAAUAUACAUCCCCCAUUUGUGCAAAUACA